AUGUCUUUGGUUCCUAUUUCUAGUUUCAGUGGUGCUCUAGCUCCCAAGGUCUCGAAGCAAAUUUUCGAAGAAUCAUCUGAUGGUGACGACGAGAAGAAUGUAUACGAGCACUCCGACGAGGUCGAAUACCACGACACCAACAAGCUCCCACUGCAGGUGUACACUCACUACGCCGAAAUCCAGCGUAGUUACGAGGAGGAUAACCGCCUCGACGAGCUGUACGAGGCCCAGGAGUUGCAGAGGAAGACUGACCCCCAUGCUAACCUGACCACCGCUAAGCUCGAGUCCCAGCGCCAGCUCCGUGCCGCCAAAAUCUACAGUGUCUUCUUCCUUAUCACCACUGAUAUUCUUGGUCCCUCUAAUGCCCCUUACGCUAUCGCUCAGAUGGGCUACGUGCCGGGUGUCAUUUUGUACGUGCUGUUCGGUUGUAUGGCCGCUUUCGGCGGUUACCUACUCAACAGGGCCUUCUGCCGUCUUGACUCCAACAACUAUCCCAUCAGAACCUUCUCCGAUCUCGCUGCCCGCUGCAUCGGUUACUGGUUCCGCUACCCUUUCGCUAUUCUCCAAUUCAUCCAGAUGAUCAUGAACGUCGGUCUUAUUUUGUUGGGUACUGCCACCGCGGUUGCCGAAGUUAUUGUCCAGUACCACGGUCACAACACCUUCUGCUUUGUUGUUAACAUUCUUGUCUGGGCCCUGUUUGGUAUGCUUUUGGGUCAGAUCAAGACCCUGCACAGAUUCGCCCACAUCGCCAACUCGGCCGUCUGGAUGAACAUUGCCAUCUGUAUUAUCACCAUGGUCGCUGCUGCUACCACCACUCCUUACUAUUCUAUUUUCUGGGCUAACUACGGCCAUGACUACCCUUACAACACCACUGAUAUUUUGAGAUACGCAAUCACUCCUGGUACUUUGUCCACCAGAAUCGCCGGUAUGAACAACAUGGUGUUCGCUUGGGGUGGUGCCACCAUUUUCUGCGAAGUUAUGGCUGAGCUCAAGCGUCCUAUGGACUUCUGGAAGGGUAUGAUCUGCGGUCAGGCCCUUAUUCUUGUCGUUUACCUGUUCUUCGGUUUGUUCGUCUACUCCUACUGGGGCCAGUGGAGUUACGUUACUGCCAACCUGGGUAUUGCCAAGCAGGGUCUCCAAGUCGCUGGUAACAUCCUGAGUAUCAUCUCGGGUUUGCUUGCUGCGGUUCUAUAUGGUAACGUUGGUAUCAAGGUUCUUUACCAGGGCUUCCUCGUCGCCGACUUCAACUUCCCCAAGCUCACCACCAAAAAAGGAACCAUCUACUGGGCUAUUGCUGUUGUUAUUUACUGGGCUGUUGCCUUCAUUAUCGGCACUGCCAUUCCUUCGAUUAGUGCAUUGGUCGGUAUUAUUGGCGCCUUCUGCAUUUUCAACUUCUCCUACACAUUCCCCUUCAUGUUCAACUUUGUUCUCAUGGUCCGGGAGGACGCUGGCCGGGGUGAUACCUUCGAUAUCCAAACUAUCACUGUUACCCGUGGUGACACUUGGCGCAAUGCUUCACGCUGGAAGCGUGGUCUUUUCUACGGCGGAACCUACCGCUCUAUGGUCAAGCUCGCAUUCUUCCUCUUGACUCUGGCUUCCCUAGCCACCUGUGGUCUGUGCUCUUACUCUGCCAUUGAGCAGGCUAUUGCCGUCUACCAAACCAACGUGGCCACCAGUUUCGGGUGCAGUGCCAACGUCUGA